UCUCUCUCUAUAUAUAUAUAUAUGGCUCAUAAAUAAUAUUCCGAAGCUGGAGUUACAUUUCAACAAAUUUCCUGUUCACUUGAAUCGUCGAGGGCGGCUCAUUAUUAUUAUUCUAUUAUGACACAGCCAACCAGCAAUUCCCCCUUUAUAAGUUAUAAGUUAUGACCACCCCAUCUCUCAUCUCUCACUCUCCCUCACCACCAACCCAAAGGAGAGAAAGAGAGAGUGCAAUAGAUAGAUAGAUAGAUAGAUAGAUGGAUGGAUAGAUAAAGAGCAGGAAACAGAGAGAAAUUAAGAUAUAUUUAUAUAGAGAGAGAAAGAGAGAUAAAGAGGGUGAGUGAGGGGGAGCUUACAGAAGAGGCAUUGUUAAUGGACUCGAAGCCCGGCGGCGGCAACGGGAAGAGCCGAGUGCUGCUGGGGAAGUACGAGGUGGGGCGGCUGCUGGGCCGCGGGACGUUCGCGAAGGUGUACCACGGGCGGUCGGUGUCGGACGGCAGCUGCGUGGCGGUGAAGGUGCUGGACAAGCCGGAGGUGGUGGGCACGGGCGCGGGGCCGCGCGUGCUGCGCGAGGUGUCGGCGAUGCGGGGGCUCUCGCACCCGAACGUGCUGCGGCUGCUGGAGGUGAUGGCGACGCGCUCCAAGAUCUACCUGGUCAUGGAGCUGGCCCCGGGCGGCGACCUCCUCUCGCUCCUCACCCGCUCCCGCGGGGGGCGCCUCCCGGAGCCCGCGGCGCGCCGGUACCUGCUGCAGAUCGUCGCAGCGCUGCGCUACUGCCACGCGCGCGGCGUGGCGCACCGCGACGUGAAGCCGCAGAACCUGCUCCUCGCCCGCGACGGCGCGCUCAAGCUCUCCGACUUCGGGCUCGCCGCGCUCGCGGAGCAGCGCGGCCGCGACGGGCGCCUCCACACGGCGUGCGGCACCCCGGCCUACGCGGCGCCCGAGGUCGCCCUCCGCCGCGCCGGGGCCGGGUACGACGGGGCGCGCGCCGACGCGUGGUCGUGCGGGGUCAUCCUCUUCGUGCUCCUCGCGGGGCGGCUCCCCUUCGACGACGCCAACAUCCCGCUCAUGUACCGGAGGAUCCACAGGCGCGACUACGCCUUCCCGCCCUGGGUCUCCCCCGCCGCGCGCCGCGUCGUCGCGCGCCUCCUCGACCCCAACCCGGAGACGCGGCUCACCAUCGAGGCCCUCGCCGAGCACCCCUGGUUCAAGCGCUCCCUCAGCUUGGACUCGCAGCUCUCGCUCAUGGGCGCACCGGCGGCGCCGCCUCCGAUGAACGCCUUCGAGAUCAUCUCGCUCUCGGCGGGGCUGGACCUCUCGGGGCUGUUCGACGAGGGGAGCGGGAGGACGAGGAGGAGGAGGAGGGGGAGGAGGUUCACCUCGACGGAGCCCGCGGCGAGGGUGGUGGCGCGGGUGGAGGAGGCGGGGCGGAAGCUAGGGUUCGCGGUGGGGAGGAGGAAGGAGGGGGCGAGGGGGAUCGGAGGGUUGGGGUGGGCGCUCUCAGUGGAGGUGGCGGAGGUGGCGCCGCCGCUGAUCCUGGUGCAGCUCACGCCGGAGUACGGCGGCGGCGGCGGCGGCGGCAGCGAGGAGUUCGCUUGGGCGGAGUUGAGGUCCGAGCUCGGGGACGUCGCCGUCGCGUGGCACGGCGGCGAAGACGACGAGUGAUUCUUUUUUUCUUUUUUUUUUUCUUUUUUUUUUUGUGGGCCCCUCCCCCUUGAGACGCGUGCCGGUCCUGGGAGAGCGCGGAUCUCGAGGCGCGGAUGGACGGCGGGGGUGGGACGGGCGGCGGUGUGGGGAUUCAUUUUGUAGCGAGGGCAUUUGUAGUUUUGUACAUA